AUGGCAUACUUAUUAUCGUUUUUUAUUCUUCUUUACUUUUUUAUUCCUAAUGGGAAAGGUUUAAAUUGUCCGAAUCGACAAUGGAUAGAAGAGUCUUUGAAUAAAUCUUUUAUUCCGGGUGCUGCUGUUGUUGUCGUCAAUGCUACUCAUGUAAUCUAUGAAGAAGCAUUCGGUUAUCACUCUCUUAUACCAUCACAUUUCAUCGAUGUGGACAAAUCCAUCUUUACUCUAGCUUCAAUUUCGAAGACUCUUAUUGCUGUUGCUGUCAUGCAACUUGUUGAGCAAAAACGUGUUGAUCUUGAUAUGGACAUAAAUCAGUACUUACCGGAAUCUGGUUAUCGUAUUUUUCAUCCACAAUAUCCUUCUCAUUCGAUUACUUUACGUCAAUUACUCUCACACUCAGCAUCGAUUGCUGUCAAUGAAAAUACACAAAUAAGUUUAUAUAAAACGGGCGAUACUGCUUUCGAACAGUCGACUUUAACUGACACAUUGUUUACUCUUCUGAAUUCAAAUACGUCGAACUGGCUACCAGAAGCACCAGGCAGCGUAUCAUUUUACUCGAAUGAGGGUUCAUCUCUUGCUGCAUUAGUUGUUGAAAAAGUAACAAACAUUUCUUUUGAUCAAUAUGUCAAAGAUCGUAUUUUGAAACCUCUCAAUAUUGAUGUCAGUCAAGUAGGUGUUCGUCUAGCUGAUUUUCAAAAUCGAGAAGAGCUCGUUAAACAUUAUGCGUAUGCACCCAAUACAAGUAAUCUAAAUGAUUGGCUUCAAAUAAUGCCACAAUUGAAUAUUAUACCACUUCUAGUAAAUGAAAGUUGUAAUACUGUUAUUUGA